AUGAUGCUGAAGCGUGUGGCAGACACAUCGUGGCUCCUCUGGCUGCUGAGUGUGCUGACCUUGCCGACGGCCGCUGUCGUUGCGCCGGUGCCGCCCAUUCCGGGCAGCCCGCUGUCGGACUGGGAGUACCAGGAGUUCUUUGCGAAGCUGCACCCUCCCUGGCAGGCGAACAUGUUGUGUCUGCUGCGCCAGGCGCACGGCUGCCUGAGCCCCAGCAUCCUGCACCUGGACCAGGAGGAGAACCACGGAGAAAUCCCCGAAGGGCCAGUCUGCAGUGAAUUCACAGAGGUGGUGCAGUUCCAGACCUUCUGCCAGUUCGCCCAGUAUCGCUGCCUCAAACAACAGUUCUUCAUCAAGCGAAUCCCAUGUUUGAGUUGGCCUCUAACAAGCCCUUUCCCAAUGGAGCCAUCCAGCACCACCAACUCCUCGGCCGAGGGCAGAGGCUCCCCUGUCGCACAAGGUCAGAAACCACUGCCAACGAAGUACCCCACAGCCACGACAAAGGUGCCCAUACCCUGGCAGAAGAGCAGGACUCCACACCCACCAACUCUCUGGGCUUCCACCUCACCUUCCAGGGUGGAGUCCUCUGAUGAACAAAGCCUGAGGAAAAACAUCUGGCACCUGAUCCAUUCGGCCCUUUCCUUGGAUGCCUCCUUGGACACCAAGGACUCCUCUUGGAACUUCACCACCUCAGGCCCAGGACGCACAUCAGAGCAGAAAAUUCCCCCCCGAGGCAGCCUUCUAGCCCUGCAGAAUGAUGAAGCAGUGCUGGUCCUGUGCUACGCAGUGCUGGAGGGAAAUUGCCUCUCAUCGAUGCUCACCAUGGCCUGGAAGGAGAUGGAAAAAAGAGUCUUUGGGUUUGGAGACUUGGUGUGUGACAACCUUGGGCGGCACCACGUGGACCUGUGCCCCGACUGUGCUUUCUGCUCGCUGAAAAGGGAGCAGUGCCAGAACAUCAAGACCCUGAACCGCGUUCACUGUGACUCAGGCAGCUUCUCCACCUACAUCAACUCUCAGAUCUCAGCCCAGCACGGCGAAAUAGAGGGCAAGUCCAAGUCCUCACAGACCCUGAAGCACUACAACAUGGACUUUUUGAGAGGGAUAAGGAUGGAGUACUGGUGCAGCCGGAUGGCCAUCUAUGGCUGUAGAGACCCUGCUGUGACCCUCUGGCUGAAGGCAGAGUAUGACGCCUUCCAAGAUGGGGAUGGCUCGGGAAAGAUCUGUGACUCGAGCGGAGUUCAGCAUCCCAACCAUUGCAUGUUCAAGAGCUACCAGUGCCUCCUGAAGAGCAUCUACAACCAGAGGGUGACUCGUGUGCAGUGCAGGCCUAACAAGGCGUACCGAGUGCUGAGUGUGAAGGAGGGAGACAAGGAGGUGCGGCUGUGGCAAGAGAAGUUCCAGAGCCUCUCCAGGCAGCAAUCAAAAAAUGAUUAA